CAGAAGGGAGGAGUGGUGAACAUCUCACAGAGAGACAGACCAGAGUGAGUGAGCGAGAGAGAGAGAGAGAAAAGUGACAGUGAGAAACAAGCUCAGACAAUACAGACAUCUGGACCAGAGGGGGGAAGAGAGACAAGAUAGCCGGGAGAAGCCAACACAGUGACAGACACAUCAGAGCAGAAAAGAGGGAGAAAGAACUAGAUGGUGGAAUUGAGAAGGAAAGAGAGCAGGACCAGACACACACACACGGCCUGGACAAGGAAACACUAGAAGAAGUCUAACUGGAGCGUGGAGGACAUGCAGGGUAUCCAGACGGCAAGCGUGAUCCUCUCCUAACCCAAACAGCAGAGAAAAACCUCUGAAGCGUUCCUAAAGACACGCCCGGCUUGGACGCCAUGGACAUGUUUCAGCCCUCCUUCCACGGCCCCUCCCCCGACCCCGCCUCUUUCCCCCACUCCACGUUCUCCACCUCUCCGACGCCCGUUCCCAACGUCACAUAUCCCUCCUCCACCUCCAGUUCCUUCCUCCUCUCCUCCGCCUCCACCCCCAACCAGACCUGUGACCAAUACGAGGACGCCCUGCGCCUCCCCCUGGCCAUCAUCUACACCCUCUUCUUCCUCCUGGGCCUGGUGGGCAACCUCCUGGCCCUGUGGGUCUUCCUCUUCCUCCACUCCAGGCGCAACUCUGUGCGGGUGUUCCUCAUUAAUGUGGCUGUGGCCGACCUGGUCCUCCUGGGGUGCCUUCCCUUCCGGGUCCUCUACCACGUCAAUGGUAACCGCUGGGUUCUAGGCCGGCUGGCCUGCAAAGUGGUGGGCAACCUCUUCUACAUGAACAUGUACAUCAGCAUCACCCUGCUGGGCUUCAUUAGCCUGGACCGCUACGUGAAGCUGAGGGCCCGCGGCGGAGCCGAGAGGGGCCUGGCCAAGUGGAUGAGGGGCGGCGGGUGGAGCUGGGCCGCGUGCGCCGUGGUCUGGGGCCUGUCCCUGUCGGCGGUCACGCCCAUGAUCAUCAUGGCGGAGGGGAACGAGGAAGCCGGGAAGUGUUUCCAGUACAAGCAGCGGACCGGGGCCAAGUGGAAGGCUUAUUUCAACAUGGGCAUGGUGAUGCUGUUCUGGGCCGUGUUCUGCUUGCUGGUGGUGAGCUACGGGAAGAUAGCCACGCGUCUCCUCAAGGUCUCCAGGGACAAACCGGACCUUCCCAAUGCCAGGCGCUACGACCGCACGGCCCAAAAAUCCUUCUUUGUCCUCUUCCUGUUCACCAUCUGCUUUGGGCCGUACCACGCUUUCCGUCCCGUCUACAUCCUCUCCCAGCUCGGCCAGCCGCCGUCCUGCCAGUACCUGCGCCUGGUGGACCAGACCAACGAGGUGAUGUUGCUGUUCUCCGCCUUCAACUCCGUCCUAGACCCCGUGAUGUACUUCCUGCUGUCCGGUUCGGUCCGCAAGGCCACCUUCAAAGCCCUCGGUCAGACCCUUGCUGUCCGGCUCAACUUGCACAACGACGGGACGUCCAACAGCUCAGUGACGGAGAUCAGACAGCCCACUCUGUCUGUCACCAAUCCUAAAUCCACUUUUAACUCCUCCCACACACCCAGCCUCUCUCUAAGAAAUCCCAUUCUACACUCUGUCACGCAGCACAGCUAAGGCCCAACUGACUUCAUAAAUACACAUGUAUUCAGACAUUUUUAGAUGGACUUGGGGAGGGGGGGGGUUCACGCAUUUUAACAUCUCCCAUAUAACGUCCGCUAUUAUGUAAAUCAACAUUAUGUCCUGAAUCAGCAUGAGGAAAGUGUCUGAUUUCAGAGACUUUUGUUGCCUAAUAUUGUUGUGAUGAAGUACUGCUACUUGAUUUAAUGAAGAAAAUAAAUGUGUGUUCUAAAGCUUG